AAGAGAGGGAAAAAAAAGCGGCUAAAAGCUCCUCGAAAUGGCGGGAAUUAGGGUUUCUCAUCUCCCCACCCCCUUCUUAUUCCUCUCUUGGCGAUCUUCUACUAACCUUUCCUUCGCCAUUAUUCUUUCUAUUCUUUUUCUUCACUUUGAUCUAAUUCUUCUGAUCGAUUUCGAUUUUGAUUUCUCCUGUGAUUCGUUUGCUCGAAACGCGCUUUCGUCGUAGGAUUCUUUUCAGAAGAUCUGCCCUAUUCCGUCGUCUAGAUCACUUCUGAUCUUCCAAUUCAUAUAAUUUUUAUGGAAUUCCAUUCUUCUAGCAAGCGGAUGGGAGAAGAGGAACCUCGAUCCCCUCUUCCGUCCUCCAAGAAGCAGAGGAUUCCGAUCCCUGAGCUGGGUUUCUUCCACCUCCGACCCCUCACCGGUGGGCCUGAUCCGCCCCGCGAGCUCAUCUGUCGGAGAUCCGACCGGGUCUACAUCGCCGGCCGGGAGAGACGGCGCUGCGAGAUCGUUCUCCGUCAUCGCUGCAUCAGCAGGCGCCACUGCCAGUUCUUCCUCGAUGGAUCUGAUCGCAAGCUUCAAUUGAUGGAUGGCUUCUUUCUUACUGACACUUCGGAUCUCGAUGAGAUCAGGCGGAGAUUCCGGUCCGCAGGUGAGGGUUUAGCGUCUAGGGUUUCCUUGAAUGGAGUCUUCAUCAAUGGCCGCAGGCUUCCAAAAGGUAUUGCGGCAGAGCUGACCGUCGGCGAUGAGAUCUUGCUUGGUUGUUGGAAGCCAUCGGAUGGUAAUUGUAGGAUCAAGUAUGGUUUUGUUGUAGAGAGGAUCCUUUUCUCGGAGGUCACUGGGCGCUUUGAUACUAAAGAUGCCCUCUUUCCCAAGGGAAACGUCAUUUGCGAGGAUACCGCUCUCUGCAGGUCGGAGUUUGAAGAAUUGGUCCCAAGAGCAGUGUUCCUUCUGAACGAGUUGAGAAGUAUCUUGGGGUGCUCAGAUCCUGUGUCCUAUUUGAGGAGUUCUUUCAAUUUGGAUCAUCAUGGAAGGAGAACUGCAGAGCCUGAAGCUGAAAGGGUUGUGGAACAUGGGUCGAAGGAAAUCCAUCCUCUGGAUACAGAGAAACGCUCCAAGUUGGGCGCCACUUGGAGAAAUGCUGCCAUUGAAGUGAUUUCUUCCGAGGAAUCUGAUCGAAACGUUGUUGGGAACUAUGAGCACGGGGAGUGCUCCAUGAACCCAGUUGGAAAAAGUGAACAUACCCACAGUCAAUCACAUCCGAACAAAGAUGUAGGGAUUGGUUGUUACUCGAAUGGCAAAACGUUCUUUCUGAAUCGCCUUGAAUUUAUGGGUCCUGGUACAUCAGAUCAACACGCUGGAAUCACUUUGCCUGAGCUCCUCCAUCCCAUCGAAAGCCUUAUCCGAGUAUUUAUUGCAACAUUUACUUGUGAUGUAUCUUGGUUUUUGUCAUGUUGUCAAGUGCCCAAUCAUCUACCUAUAACAAUUGCAUGUCACAGUGGUGAGAGAUGUUGGAGUUCUAGCCACGAUAGCAGAACAUCAUCGCCAUAUGUAAAUUAUCCAAACUUAUUGCUCGUUUAUCCCCCAUUUUGUGACGUAAUAGCCUUUGGGAAAGAUCGCAAAAAGCAAGGCAUUGCAUGUCAUCACCCCAAAUUGAUUGUCUUGCAAAGGAAGCAUAGUAUUCGUGUUGUCAUAACUUCGGCAAAUCUGGUUCCUAAACAGUGGAACCACAUAACCAAUACAGUUUGGUGGCAAGAUUUUCCUCGUAGAACUGCUCCAGAUUAUUCAGCUCUUCUUGGUACAAUUGAAGAUUCAAAAUCUGACUUUGCUGCUCAACUUGCUGGGUUUAUAGCAUCUCUUAUCACUGAUGUACCCAGCCAAGCACACUGGAUUAAAGAAUUGACUAAGUAUGACUUUGGAGGGGCUGUUGGUCAUUUGGUUGCUUCGGUACCUGGAAUACAUGCGCAGAGCUCUUGUUACCUUGAUGCUGAUUAUUGUCUCUCUGCUCAACAGAUUGUGCAUUCAAAGUCUGUUGCUGGAAAAUUUCUUGGUUAUGUUCAUGCAUCUGUAGUCGGUUUAAGCCAUCGUUUUCAUGCUGCAACUGACUCUAAUUGUGCUCAAGUGAAAAUGCUGGCUUCACUUCUUGGAAAAUGUCGGGAGAACUCAAGUGGAACCAUAGAAGUUCUGUUGAAACGAAAUAUGAAUAUACCUGCAGAUGCUAAUGCUGUGAGCAUUCUUGUUGCAGAUUUAAAUGAAUUUUCUGUGGGAGAUGCUGUACAACUUGGUUUUUUGCCUAGGGAUGCUGCAAAGUGGGUAUCACCUCUCAGUGAUGCUGGGUUCUUUAAUUUUUCUGCCUAUAUCUAUCCUAAAGAAGCCCUUGCAGCUGCGUUCGAGGGAGGCAACAUGAAAGUGCAGCUCAUACUUCGUGUAUCACAGGGGCCAAAAUUUUCUGAAAUAUCAAGGUUGAUCCAGCCUCACCAUGUUGCUUCAUUAUGCUCACUACUUUCAUCCAUACAGAGGUGCCUUGGCCUUUGGCGCUUGCAAGAGGUGUUGUCUCGUUACAAAUGGCUUGAUUCAUUAGAGACAGAUUUUAUAUAUGGUUCCUCCUCGAUAGGAACUUCAGUCAAUUCGCAAUUUUUGGCUGCCUUUUCAGCGGCUGCUGGGAAAAGGUCAUAUCAGUAUCCUGAAUCUGAAGAGUCUGAUCCAGAGUGGGGUUGCUGGACUGCUGUUCACGAGUCAAGAAAUCCAUCAAUGAGGAUCUUAUUUCCUACCAUUGAAAGAGUGAAAAAUGGAUCUUGUGGUAUUCAGCCUUUCAGAUGCUUGCUUUCCCUGUCAGAGAAAACAUGGCAAAGAUUGAGAACUGCAGGUAUAUUUCAUGAUGCAAUUCCUCAUCCAUGUAAUAGAGUAGGAUAUCCAAUGCAUGUUAAGGUUGCUCGUAGGCGCUUUGUGUCCAAAGCAACCAUGUCCUCAUUUGGCUGGAUAUAUUGCGGAUCUCACAAUUUCAGCCCAGCUGCUUGGGGACGCACUGCUGUGUCUACUGCUUCAAGUCUAAGAUUGCAUAUUUGCAACUAUGAACUUGGUAUUUUAUUAAUUGCCCCCCCAUCAGAUACAUCAGAGGGGACUGAUGGAAAGACUUUUAAUCUAGAUGAUAUUGCUCUGCCAUUCGUCAUGCCUGCACCAAAAUACCAAGAUAGUGAUAGGCCGGCAACUGCACAGGCCAUGCGGGAGGCUGUUGCUGUUCUCCAGCGAGACAAGUCAUCGGCCGCAGUAGCUAUGGAAGAGGUGAAUGAGGAUAUCCCAGAUGAAGAAGAGGAAGUGUUUGAGGCAUCUGAUUAUUUCACUGAAGAGAAAGAGGAGGAGAAAAUCUAUGCAGAGAUGCUUUGGAGCCAGGUGGACUCUGAAAGCUGAUCCAAAUUGAAAUCAAACUGUUCUCUAUAUUUGGAGUUGCAGCUGCACGGUAAACACAACCUACUUCAGGUAACCGGUAAAUGCAUGGUUUCAGAGCGGGGCUGCUUCUAAAAGAUCUCUGUGCCGUAUGUCAUGCUAAAAUGCUGAAGUAUACCUUGAAGGCAAGAAGCCUAUUACUCAUUGAUAUUGAAAAAUAAGAAGUGGGUACGAUGUGGGCAAUGUGUCCUUUUGUUAUUAGUUGAUAAACUGAAGAUUAUGGUUGAUGGGGGGCAAA